ACCUGUCAUUUCCGGAGAUGAAAGAACACUGCACAUCCAAUGGAUUAAUAAAUGACAGUAGCUGCUAAUCAUUUCAACCACUAAAAACCGAUUUGAUUAUCAAAACGGAUAUUCGUGACGCUUGUUUUUAUGUUUGUUCCCAGGCUAUAUAUUUGUGUCGGUGUCCACAAAUGACUGUCCUCCUAAAAUGUGUGUUUUCAGGUCUGAAUAACUAGCUAGCUAGUUUGCUAGCUACCCAAUGAUAGCUGCUUAGCUGAUACAUUUCUGUGACCUAAUUUAGCUAACGUUAGCUGGCUACUUAGCGAUACAAAAUGUGUUAAAUUAAGCUUUGAUUUGGUUUCUGUGGUUAAAAAUAAUACUGUUUUUGUGUGUCGUCAUUAGCAUUGCCGGGAUGUGUUUACUUAUUCCUUUGCAGGCACGACUUUACGCUUUGAAUCAUUUGGCUGUACUAACGUUAGCAGUAGAAGGUCAAUAUUGUUGAUGCCAGCUACAGCUAACUAUAGUGGAAUACUUCUCAACAAACCGUUAGGCCUAUGCGCAAUGAGAUGUAAGGCUACUAUUAGGCUAUUCGAUAUGAGAUGUAAACAGAGUGGGGGCUUCAGCUAUCCAGAUUCACAGUUGUUCAUUAGUUAGCUAGCUAGUCAUUAGCUAACAGGAAAAGUAGCCAUACCCAGUGUUGGCUGAAGUUAACCUUACUCGAACACUUGAAAACACCUCAAUAAUAACAGCCAAUACUUGGAAUAUGGAUUUCAUGUGGACUUCAGCCAUACUACAAAAUCACCUGAUUCUACUUUCAAAAUAACAUUUUCAGACGACCGUCUUAAUUUCUGAUUUUUGCUGACAGGAAAACUUUCAUGUUUUGUUUUGGAGAGUAGGGGUUGGCUUUGGAUCAAUUGUUGAUUUUUGCAUGUGUUAUAGUUUAAUAUUUUUGCAAAUAGUAUCCUCUCACAGUAGAAAAUGAAUGGCCUAUCUGUCAGUGAGCUAUGCUGCCUGUUCUGCUGCCCUCCCUGUCCGAGCCGUAUUGCCGCCAAGCUUGCCUUCCUGCCUCCUGAGCCUACAUAUUCCCUCUUGCCGGACCUCGAUGGGUCUGCGGCCCCAGGGACAGCAGGGUCAGCGGGGCUGAGAUCCAGGGGAGGGGUACCUGGAGCAGCUGUAGGGGGUUCAGGCAGCAAUGGUCCUGCAGAGGGAAAAUGGAAGCUCCACCUGACAGAGCGAGCUGAGUUUCAGUACUCCCAGAGAGAGCUGGAUGCUACAGAGGUGUUCUUCACCCGCUCCAGCCGUGGCAAUCGAGUGGGCUGCAUGUACAUCCGCUGUGCGCCCACUGCCAGGUUUACAGUGCUGUUCUCCCAUGGUAACGCGGUGGACUUGGGCCAGAUGAGCAGCUUCUAUAUCGGCCUGGGCACACGCAUCAACUGCAACAUCUUCUCCUACGACUACUCCGGCUACGGUGUCAGCACGGGCAAGCCUUCCGAGAAGAACCUCUACGCUGACAUUGAAGCCGCCUGGCAGGCCCUGCGCACACGAUAUGGCAUCAGCCCAGAGAACAUAAUCCUGUAUGGGCAAAGCAUUGGCACCGUUCCCACGGUUGACCUGGCAUCACGGUAUGAGUGUGCUGCUGUGGUGCUCCACUCCCCCCUCACCUCUGGCAUGCGGGUGGCCUUCCCAGACACCAAGAAGACAUACUGCUUUGAUGCUUUUCCCAACAUUGAGAAGGUGUCUAAGAUCACGUCACCGGUGCUGAUCAUCCACGGGACUGAGGACGAGGUGAUCGACUUCUCCCACGGUCUGGCUCUGUUCGAGCGCUGUCCCAAGGCCGUGGAGCCACUUUGGGUAGAGGGGGCGGGACACAACGACAUCGAACUGUACAGCCAGUACCUGGAGCGCCUGCGCCGCUUCAUUGGCCAGGAGCUGGCCGCACAGCACGCCUGAACACCCCCACACCGCCUCCAGGCUCCAACCCUCCUCUGGCUCUCCUCUGUUCCCCUGGGUCUAAGUGGGUCAGGAGGAGUGGAUGGCUGGGCUCUCAAAAUGAAUGAUCCUUCACCUUUUGGGGCGACUUUGUCUGGAUGUUCGGCAGCCCUGUCUUUUAGUUGUUUUCCUAUUUUUCUGUCUCUGUCACCUGUCAUUAAUCCUGGUCAGAGAAUCUAUUCCACCUCCCGCCCCUUGGACAGUGCAAGAAUGCACCCAGGCAUGGAGGGCUCUCUACCUUCUGCCUGUUUUAUUUCUAUCUGUCUAAAGCCCCUCUCUAUUACCCCAGGCAUGGAGGGCUCUCUACCUUCUGCCUGUUUUAUUUCUAUCUGUCUAAAGCCCCUCUCUAUUACCCCAGGCAUGGAGGGCUCUCUACCUUCUGCCUGUUUUAUUUCUAUCUGUCUAAAGCCCCUCUCUAUUACCCCAGGCAUGGAGGGCUCUCUACCUUCUGCCUGUUUUAUUUCUAUCUGUCUAAAGCCCCUCUCUAUUACCCCAGGCAUGGAGGGCUCUCUACCUUCUGCCUGUUUUAUUUCUAUCUGUCUAAAGCCCCUCUCUAUUACCCCAGGCAUGGAGGGCUCUCUACCUUCUGCCUGUUUUAUUUCUAUCUGUCUAAAGCCCCUCUCUAUUACCCCAGGCAUGGAGGGCUCUCUACCUUCUGCCUGUUUUAUUUCUAUCUGUCUAAAGCCCCUCUCUAUUACCCCAGGCAUGGAGGGCUCUCUACCUUCUGCCUGUUUUAUUUCUAUCUGUCUAAAGCCCCUCUCUAUUACCCCAGGCAUGGAGGGCUCUCUACCUUCUGCCUGUUUUAUUUCUAUCUGUCUAAAGCCCCUCUCUAUUACCCCAGGCAUGGAGGGCUCUCUACCUUCUGCCUGUUUUAUUUCUAUCUGUCUAAAGCCCCUCUCUAUUACCCCAGGCAUGGAGGGCUCUCUACCUUCUGCCUGUUUUAUUUCUAUCUGUCUAAAGCCCCUCUCUAUUACCCCAGGCAUGGAGGGCUCUCUACCUUCUGCCUGUUUUAUUUCUAUCUGUCUAAAGCCCCUCUCUAUUACCCCAGGCAUGGAGGGCUCUCUACCUUCUGCCUGUUUUAUUUCUAUCUGUCUAAAGCCCCUCUCUAUUACCCCAGGCAUGGAGGGCUCUCUACCUUCUGCCUGUUUUAUUUCUAUCUGUCUAAAGCCCCUCUCUAUUACCCCAGGCAUGGAGGGCUCUCUACCUUCUGCCUGUUUUAUUUCUAUCUGUCUAAAGCCCCUCUCUAUUACCCCAGGCAUGGAAGGCAAAAACAACCUCAAACAGGUUAGGUGUUCUAAACACAUGUACUGUAUAUCAUCUUCUGAGACGUUUACACAUGAUUCAAUUUGAACUAACAACCCUAACAUGGGCAAAUCAUUGAGUAAUGAAAGUCUGUUUUGAGUGCUGACAUUUUGGUAUUUAAUUUGAAUGGGGAAUGUGUGUAUUUCUCUAACACAACGAUGACACUGAGCCACUACUUUACAAAUCCUGUGGCGUUGACGUAUGAGUAUAACUGUCCUAUUUGAAAGCAGGUUUGUUGCUAAUGUUUCUUGUGGAAUCUUUUUUUCUUUGCUCACCUCUUCUCUUUCUCUCCUCUUGUCUCAUCCUCUCUUCCUCUGUCUCAUUUACAAUUAAGCUGUCAGAUUAAUAGUCCAUGUCUAUGAAUAAUUUCUUUCAUAGACAAAUCUUACGUUUUUAUAAUUAUUAAGCAUGGUUUAAUUCUAAUCUAAAAAGUGAUUAGAGCAUAAGUCCUUUUUAAAAAGUUGCUGAAUGUUGCUUUGGCUAAAGUCCAAAAUCUCUCUGCCAAAUGAAUUGUUUCAAAAGCAUCAUUAAGUCGCUAACAUCUCUCUAAGACGUGAUUGAUUUCUAACUCGGCAACCACUCUCAUGUUUCACUCCCUGAUUCAUAUUCUACAGUAGUUGUACUACAAUUGAUGUUAUGAACAUGUGAGUUUACCUUUAGAACACAAACUAAGUCCUGCCAUGUUCUCUGAGUUAAGGAGGCAUUAGUUGGCCUUUACUCACACAGAACUCAAUUCACAUCUUACUGGGUUUCUAUAUGGGAUGUUUUCCAAUGGAUUUUUAAAAUCUUUGUAAGUGAUUUAGAGUUGUGCAUAUUCAAUUUCACUUGAGUUAUUUCAUCCCUCUAAAAACACAAAAUCAUUGUAAAUUACUAGGCUUAUGCUGGUAAUGGCCAUUCGCAUAGUAAAUUGGGUCAGGUCAGUUGAGAUUAAGUUGGGUGGAUGGAGUAUUAAUUGAACUUGCUGCUAAAGAUGAGGAUAAAUGGAUUGAAAAGGGUCAAACCCUCCACAUCCAUUGUAUACAUUAAUGCUGCUUAGUUUGAGGGGAAAUGUAACAGUCAUACAUGUUAUUUUACGCUGUACAGUGGAAUGGAUCCAGUGAUGUACAGUACUCUUUGCUGGUGUCAUGUUGCAUGUUUGAUUGGUUUCCUCUUUUGCUUCAUGUUAGGGGUAAUAACACUUCAUUAUAACACUAGUAGAGCUAUGGAAUAAGAUGUGCUCUAAUUUAUUAUUCACUAGGUUUAUUUCCAGCAGGCUCCCUUUUCAGCUCCAACUAGCCCUUUUCACUGACUUCCUACUGUUGCCACUCUAUUUCAGACAGACUUAAGAUUCCACAAUUUCUGACCGACUGUAUGAAAGUCGACCGAUUGCCCAACUUCCCUGGCAUACAGGGUCCACCACCACUCACAAGAUAGUGGAGGUCCUUUGUUUGGGUUGGGUUUUGGGAGAGUCAGGAUUACUUGUAGACAGCAAUCAAAUUUUAACAGUAUAUGUUCUGUCUUGAACAAAGCAUACCUCUUAUAUUGUUAUGUUCAUCAGAACCAAAGAAAGUCCUUCAUCACCCAUAGUACUUGGGUUUAUUGUCCAUCACCAUAUAAACAGUUAGGGAACAAAAGUUGUGCGCCCUGAAUCAGCCAGGAUAUGCUCUUGUUCAAGCUGCUAAUAGUUUGGUUUGGGACAGCUUAAGCGUGUUUACUCUCUAUGAACGAUUGUAUGGAGAAUACAAGCAAUACAGCAGAUUUGUGUGUGUCUGGGUGGCCUGAGAGAGGAGUGUGUGUAGCAGAUGAUGGACUGUACUUCGAGUGUAUGGAGUUCCAG